AUGUCAGAAAAUGCAGUAAGAAGGAAAUUGGUGAUAAUAGGCGACGGUGCUUGUGGCAAGACGUCUCUACUCUAUGUUUUCACUCUAGGAAAAUUCCCACAAGAAUACCAUCCAACUGUUUUCGAGAAUUACGUGACAGACUGUCGGGUUGACGGCAUCAAAGUGACGCUGGCACUAUGGGACACAGCAGGACAAGAAGAAUACGAAAGAUUGCGGCCAUUUUCCUAUUCGAAAGCCAACAUAAUACUUAUAGGAUUCGCAGUUGACGAUCCAGAUUCGCUAAACAAUGCUCGCACAAAAUGGACAGAAGAGGCUUUGCGUUACUGUCCAGACUCGCCAAUCAUCCUUGUUGGUCUCAAAAGCGACCUUCGGAAAAUGGGCAACGCUGCUCAUUUUGUGCGGCGAGAAGAAGCGGAAAAGGUCGCGCAGGCAAUAGGCGCAAAGCGGUACAUGGAGUGUAGUGCCCUUGAUGGGACAGGUGUGGACGACGUUUUCGAAGUCGCCACGAGAAACAGUUUGCUGGUAAAUAAAGAUCCGGGUCGAGGCUGCUGCGUGGUAUCCUGA